GCAUUUUUAUUUCAUUUUUACACAAAAACAAAGUUCGUGUAAAACAAGUGCAAGGUUUAUUAUUUUUUAUUGCAUAAAAGGAUAAAUAUAAAAUAAACAACUUAAAAUUAUAAAAACACUAGACGAGAGAAGAAUCUUAGAUAUAACUUUUGCACCAAGUAGUGUAUAGAAUUGUUAACCCUUUAGAAAGGCCAAUAACAAUGAACAAAAAACAACCUUUAAUGGAAAACUAAAACAACAACAAAAGAAAUGACUAAUUAGUAUUUAAAAAACAAAUAAAAUUUAAUAAUAUAGAAGUAAUUAUCAAGGGGAAUUAGGCAACAACAACAAAUUUGAACUUUUUGUAAUAAAAGGGAACAACCCGUUUUGGUAUAUAGUACAGCCAGCCAAUAACAACCACCUGUCUUUUCUUUAAUUUUAAAGUGCCAUUUGGAAAAAUAUAACACAAAUACUAUUUAAAUAUAAUAAAUACUAUUCAAAUAAUUAUAAUUGUUAACAAUUUAUAAUUUAACGAAACAUUUUGUGGCAGUUAAAUUGCUUACAUUGCCUGGUGAUCUCAUUCGUUAAGAAUUCUUUUUUAAGGACAUCAUGACAGCACGUAAUCCUCAAACUUUAAUGGCUCUGCCGAGCGAUGAAAGUUUUGAUUUUCUUUUUAAAGUUGUUCUAAUUGGUGAUGCUGGCACUGGCAAAACCUGUAUAGUGGAACGUUUUAAAACGGGCAAUUUUAUAGAACGUCAUGGUAAUACUAUUGGUGUGGAUUUCUCCAUGAAAACCAUUAACAUAGAAGGAAAGUUGGUAAAGUUACAAAUUUGGGACACUGCUGGCCAGGAACGUUUUCGUACCAUAACCCAAAGUUAUUAUCGUUCAGCAAAUGGUGUAAUUUUAGUUUACGACAUUACCAGCCGCGAAUCUUUUAGUAAUCUCCAAAAAUGGAUAGAAGAGGUACGUCGCUAUACUGCCUCCAAUGUUAUGUUAAUAGUUGUAGGCAAUAAAAGUGACUUAGAGGACGAACGUGAAGUGGAAUUCGAAGAAGCUCAACAAAUGUGCCAGUAUAUACCGGAAGUGUUGUUAGUAAUGGAAACCUCAGCCAAGGAGAAUCGUAAUGUCGAUGAUGCUUUUGUAACAUUGGCCAGUGAAUUGAAAAGACGCAUAGAUACCAGUAUAAGGCAAGAAGAGAAUGCCGAUGAUGAGGCCAUUAAAUUGGGUCACAGUAAACCUUUGAGGCAGUGUAGUAGUUCUUGUAAUUUAACGUAAAAUAUGUCGUUAAUCUCAAAUUUAAGACUCGUAAUUGUUUUUAAAAAAGAUAAAAUGUGAUUUAUUUAGUUUGUUUUAUUUGUAUUUUUUUUCUGUUUAUUUGUUUUGUUUCUUGCAGUCUAUUUUAAGUUAAUUAUUAUUUAAUUUUGUUUCAGCGUGAGUGAGUUUGGUUUAAAUCUUAUUACAGAUUUUUUACGUUUAUAUUUUUAAUUACAAAUAUAACAAAUGGUACAAAUGUUAAUAAAAUUUGUAUUUAAAUUUUAGGGUCAAUUAGUGAUUUUUUUAAGUUUUUUAUUAUUUUAAUAUCAUUUGAUUGAUUUUUUUUUUAAUUUAAAAUAAAUCUAACAUCACUUUCCAUUAAAACAAACGUCCUUUUAUAGAUUUGUAGUAUACUACGUUUUAAUAAAUUAUUUAAAAUAAAUAUUUAAUAAAAAA